AGAAUAAACAUUUUGAAUAAAUCUAAUGCCUAUAAUGAACACAUGAGAGAUAUAUAUUCAUAUGAAAUAUUUGAAAUAAAUAGCACUUACUUGAAUAUAGUAUGUAUUUUUCUGUUUAUAGUGAAAAUAAUAUCAAGAUAAAUUGAUCAUUUUUAGCGUCAAUACAGAUCAGCGUGACAAGCGAGAUUAUUAUAACGUAAUAAUCAUUCGAGGGAACCUUGACGAUCGGCAGACUGUUGAAUUGCGUCUUAAAUGAUCAUUAGAGAGAGAAGGUAUCGCGGACCUGCUUAUAUAGGCUUUAGAUUAAAUCGGGAAAGAUAUCGCUCGAGAAAUUAACGCGCUCGAUCGAUGUUGGGAGGCAGGAGGCUUCGAUUAAAACCAUUAAUUUCAAUCUCGGAUUCCAUUACAAAGUGCCGGCCGAUCGCGGUAAGAUCGAAGAUCGCGCGCACGUGCCGAAACUGUGCGAUUCGGGAUGUACAUCGCGGUGUACAUAAUUUCGGAUUCUCGCAUUAACGCCGUCGCGAUAAGAAGUGCUCGAGUGCAGUGAAGUGAAUCGAAAUUCCAACUGAAAUAAGUGAUCGCGGAAGCCGUUACUAAAAUUGCCACGGAGGAUCGCGCUCGGUUGUCUGGCAUUUUGACGAGGGAUAAGCCGGGAUCAAACAUUCAUAUUCUAAUUCCGUAAUACCGCGGUAUUAGAUAGUAAUUCACCGGUAAUACACACAGUGAUAUAAUGCUAAAUUAUUCGUAACAUUCGUGGUGAUUUAAAAUAAGUUUCGCGAAUGUCUCUGUUGUGCACAACUUAAAUAUCGUGUGACUUUUUCCUCUACACAAUACUGACUUUUUCCUGCACAGUUUAUAUCGUAUUGGUUACACAGAAUUGCAAAUAUUUUUACGCAAUGAAGGUAUGUGCAAAAAUAAAUUGGGGCAUUGCUCAAUGUGUCAUAAAAACGAAAAAAAUUUCGAAAUAGAUAUUCCGAGCUGCUACAGUCAUAAUAAAUAUUUUCCUGAUACAAAAGCUCCGUGGCUUGUAUCGAACUUGUCUUCGCUCUGCUCAGAAAAAUUUCAAAGAACAUUGCUGUACCUUCGCAACUUAUUUUAGAAGCUUAAAAAUAUACGGAGGGUUUGCAGAAAAAUGUCCAUGUAUGUGAGGUUAUGUUUUCCGCUAAAUGUAAUAAAACAAAGUAGCGCAUUAUUAAUUUAUUACAAGACCUAUAUAUAAAAGAAAUACGUAAAAAAUAGCGUGAUCGUGUUAAUGCUUAUCUGACAUGUCGUGACGAUUGUCUCUACGUUAUAGACAUUUUCGGAGCUCGUCAUCCACACUUUGACACCCCCUUAAUAUUACAAUGGAUGAACCGUACGCAUUUUGAUUGAACUAAACAGAAUUUCUGAUUCUUAGAACUGAAUUUGCCCAACACAACGUCCAAAAUCGGGACAUACAUAAGACAUUUGAAAAAUGUCUUAAAGACCUCUUAAAGACGUCUUACAUUCCGACGUCUGAGAGACUUGGUCUCAAUUUUAGACGUUGCGUUGUGUGGGUGAAUAAGAAUCAGAAAUCUCGCCUCCUUCAAGCAGAACGCGUUUUGCAGGUCCAUUACGUUGAUUCAACCAGUCAUUCUUCUCCGUGCGACCGACGCGAAUGUUACAGUAGCAGCAUCGCGCGGACAGAAGUGAAUAACACGCCGAACGGACGACACACCGACAAUUUCUGCCGUAACCUCGAGUCCGCGGGCGAAAAUUGUCCGACGGCGAUGCACGCGCGGAAUUCCGCCGCAUAUUUCGCCCGCGAGACCGGUCGCAGCCGCGUCUCUCGCACGCGGUCGCACGCGAUGUAAUGUAGGUCGCCGCGGAAAUUUUCGAUUUGCACUAUCGAUCCGCCGUGUCGGAUCGAUGCCUCGGGAUGCGCGCGGAGGUAGCGAAGGGAACGCAACGGACCGUCGCCGGCUCGUCAAUGAGCUACGGCCGGCUGUGCCCAUCCUGUGCACAUCGCGCCGCAAUUAUUGUACGCCCGUGACUGUCCGUGCUCGUCCACGUUCUCGAGCACUUUUUGCGAGCCCCACCAUUCGCAUAAACACUACCGCUUGCCGCGCACUUUGCCGCACUUUUAGUCGCUAGUUAACCGUGCUAUCGCUCGCGACGAGUCGUCGCAACCAGACGAGACGAGUUGGCUCUCCGUUGGCUCGCUCACGAAGGGGACCCGCGCGCUUACGCGUUAUCGCGAAAGCCUGAAUUACGCUAAAGCAUAAAACGCGAGCGAGAUGCAGCGGUCGCACCAAUUGCGUCGACGUGCCCGAGCGUCGCGCGAACCGCUCGCCCCGUUUCCACGUCGAGGUGAAUAAAAAUCGGCGUGUUUGUCCGAGACCAACGAGAUCAGCCAGCCAGCCAGCCAGCCAGCCAGUCGUCAGACACGUCAGACACGUAUUCGCGACGCAUGGAAAAGCGUCAGUGGAAAGAUUCGCGGACGCGCAACCACCGCCGACCCUGAGAGUUGCGCGCUAACGUUCACGCUAACGAGGAAGACAAAGCUGCGCACCUCCGCGCAGUCUCGUCGUCCACGACCUGGACUCGAGUCCCCAGCGCGGAGCGGAUCAGGUCGGAUCAGAUCGGACAAGCAGUCUAGUAAAAGCGGGCCAAGGUGUCAAAGACGUCAAUCGUCGCAACGCAUUAACGUUGUCGUCGUCGUCGUCGUCAUCAUCCCCGUGCCGUCCUUGUCGCGUGACGGACUCGUCACGAGACUCGAACCGCUAACGAUCGGCCGCCACGUUAACGUGGCGGACGCGUGAUCCCUGCGACCGUCGAAGUUCCUCCGUUCAGCGACCGCUCGCUCGUUCUCCUCCUUUCUUGGCUUUCCUCGAUCACGUUCAAUAGCGUGACUGAAUCGGCUGGUGCGCGUCCAGCACGACGGAUCAGUCAAGAACGUGUCCGAAGAGGAGCCGCACGCGACUUUAUCAUCGCGCUCCUUAGUCGCGCAGCAGGAGAUCGCGGCGGCCAGUAUCGUCGAGAUUUGUCGAGAGAUCGAUAACGCGGCAGGUGAAAGAUGGACAUCGAUAUGGCCGGCAGGACAAACAGACCUAGCGAGGAACUGGCGAAGAGACGAGUGUCGAUCAGCGAUCAGAUCAUGGGUCACGAUAAUCCCGGCUUCGAGCAUCAUCGGCGCAUCAGCGCGAGCUCGGAGCACAAUUCCGAUCAGAGCAGGCGGAAGUCGAUCCUCCAUCCACCACACGGCGGUGCUAGCCAUUGCGACAGCGCGGAGAACAUUCCGCAGUACAAGUUCGACCUGGAGAACGGCAGGAUCAACGGUAACAGAAAGAAAUCGGCCUACAGCCUGUCCAGCUCGAUCCGCGACAAGAUCGAGUAUUCCGAGGAGCUCGAGAGGUCCUGGCUGUACCUGUUCUGCGCGCGAUGCCAUGGUCGUGACGACACACCGUCGUGGGAGCCGCCGGGAUGGAGAAGAGCCUGUCCGCAACCGUUCUGUCCGACGUACCGGAAGUUCGCGCGAGUUCUGUGCCUCUUUCUGCUCGGUCUACUGCUAUGGGGAGUCGCCUACUCGGUGAUCGGCAAGGACGCGGCACCAGGUGGCCCGCUCUUCGGCUUAGCCUCCCUGUGCAUCGCCGCGCACUUCGGAGGCUGGCUGAUCUCUCUGACCACCUUACCGGCCUUGAUCGGCAUGCUGAUCACCGGCCUGAUUCUGCAGAAUGCGGGGCUCGUCCGAAUCGGCGGAGAGUACUCAGUGGUGGUCUCUAAUCUACGGAAAAUCGCCUUGGUAAUCAUACUGACUAGAGCGGGCUUGGAUCUCGAUCCGAAUGCCUUGAAGAGACUAAAAAUCACCGUGCCGAAGCUCGGUCUAAUACCCUGGGUGGUGGAAGCUACGGUAGUCGCGGCGUUGACGACGUACCUCCUGCAUCUACCUUGGAUAUGGGGUUUCCUGCUCGGUAGUAUCAUAGCAGCUGUGUCACCAGCUGUGGUGGUGCCUUGCCUCUUCAGGUUACGUGCCAAAGGUUACGGAGUCGCCAAGGGCAUUCCGACGCUGAUUAUCGCGGUGGCUGGGAUCGACGACGCGGCGUCGGUGGCGGUACACGGCAUCGUCAAGAGCGUCAUGUUCUCCCACGACGCGCUCUGGUACCAGAUUCUACAGGGGCCCAUCGCCAUUAUCGGCGGCCUGGGAUUCGGCAUUAUGUGGGGCUGGUUGGCUAAAUACGUGCCGGAAAAGGGCGACCCCUUCAUGGUGCCACUGAGAGUGCUGAUGUUACUCGGGGGUGGGUUGUUGGCGGUCUUCGGCAGCGAAGCAAUUGAGCUCGGUGGUGCUGGGCCACUCGCGGUCGUGGCUGCAGCUUUUGUCAGCUGCUACUUUUGGCAGCAGGAAGGCUGGGAGGUGGACGAUAACCCGGUAGCCACGUCUUUCGAGAUCUUCUGGAUGAUAUUCGAGCCGAUCCUGUUCGGCAUCACCGGCACGCAGAUCAAGAUCAACGAGCUCGAAGGCAAGACCGUGUAUCUCGGGCUGAGUUGCCUGAUCGCCGGCAUCGUCAUCCGGAUUGCCAUCACAGUGCUGGUCGGGAUUGGCUCGAAUCUCAAUCUCAAGGAGAAGGUGUUCAUCGCGCUGUCGUGGAUGGCCAAGGCGACCGUGCAGGCAGCCUUAGGACCUAGCACCCUCGACGAGGUCAACAAGGACGAUCAGCAGCAGGUCGAGUACGCCGAGACGGUGUUGACGUUGUGCGUGCUUUCGAUACUCUUAACCGCGCCAGCCGGCGCCAUCAUCAUCUCGCUCUCAGGGCCGAAACUUUUGACGAAGACUGCCACGCCGGUGGUGCUGCCAGAGGCCUGGAAAACGCGCAGACCGUCGAUUCGCGACAUCUCGAUCAUCAACGAGGAUCCGGAUCUCGAAGAGACGGCAAACGAGCGGAAACCUUGACAGUUACACAUGAUCCGUGUGCAAUCUCAAACUGAACAGCCCUUAUAGAUAAGACCUCUCGUUCGCGCGCUCUCAGGAAGCAGCCAAAAAACGUCCGAAAGUGCCUUCGUUACUCCGCGAUCGCUUGUGACGUGACUGAACUCAUAAGCUGCACGUCUACGCACGAUAGUUAGCAAAGUGUUAAAUGACCAGUGCAGCGACUAUUGACAGUCCCCAUGUGUAUCGAUAGUUGUAGAAAGCAACGUUGCGAUUAUUGACAGCUGCUCAAUCGAUAUCCAGGUGUCCAUGGUCGAAAAUGGAGUACUCAUGACGAUGUUUCCGCAGGAGGCGUCUCCACCGAGACAGGCCCGAGCGGAAAGUGGAUACGCUCUUGUUAUUCCUGAUCACGACUUUCAAUGGAUUUAUUUACGAUAACGUUUCUCCGUUUCUGACCACUGUUCUUCACGCACGAGAUCUAUUAGCGAGGAUACCCAGUGAACACGAACUAACAUUGCAUCAGUGCUGUAAUCUCCCACUUAGCUAUGUAAGUGUAAUAUAACGUAUGUUAUAUGCGGAGAAAGAAUCAAUCAAUCCGUUGAUUGAAUUGGCCAACAGCGCAUCGCGAUUGGAAUAAAUCUUCUUGAUUCAAUAGCAACAUUAUUGAAACUAAUAGUUGAGUUAAAACAGUGCGACGCAUUACUUCACUUAUGUGUUAGGUGAGCUUUUUGACGAAGUUCGUCGGUAGGACUCUCGCCCUGCACCGACAUGUAGGAUCGCAUAUUUGGCAGGGUUGAACAGCAACUCUAUCGACGACGCUUCGCUCUCCGUGACUGCAAAACGUGGCCUGUAUGAUUCUUAUAGAUCCUCAAAAUUAUCGAUACUCUCUAGUUCACAAAUAUGUUGAGUGGACUUUUCGGGAGAAGCAUUUUUCUAAUUUGUUAAUAAGAAACGUAGAUCAUGGUUGUCUGCUUUCAAAAAAGUCGCUUAAUACAUUUGUGAACUAAUGCAUGAUGUUUCAAUAACUCGAGUAUUAGUUUCAAUAACACUGCUAUUGAAUCAAGAGGAUUUAUUCUAACCACGACGCUGUUGAUCAUUUCCAUUAAUUCAACACUUUUUUUUCCGUGUACAUAACAGUUACAUUGUUGAUUAAGAAAUCAUUGGGACUUGGUUGCAGAUGGCGUGCAUGAGAGUGAAUGUGCGUAGAAUAAGCGAUUAAGAAAUCAUUGAUCCCUACAUAAAUGAUUUUAUAGAAUUACAUAAGGAAAAUAACCGAAUUAUGUUUUGGGCAAAAAAUUGUGUAAAAAUAAUUGUGUAUUCGGAUAAAUAUUUAAUUGUUAAAAGUGAAUUACAGAAUAAAAUGAGAAAAGUUGGUAAUUUUUUCACAUAAGCUAAAAUAUGAGAAAUUUCUGAUAGAAAUGCAAAUUCAGAUAAAAUCAUAUAUAAUAUAUAUUUCAAUGAAAAAUUGUUAUAUAUUUCUAUCAAUCUUCCUUGAUCCAUAUUUUUUAGUAAUGUAUAUAUGCAAUGUUACUGUUAUGUAUAUAUGUAAUAUUAUCGAUAUCAUAAUAACAUUUUAAUGUUAAAAUUACUAGAAAAACAGUAUUAUAUUGUUUUUGACAUUGUUAAAAAUAUUUAAGAAGUAUUAUAAUAAUAUUUUAAUGUUUCAAAAACAAUUAUAGUAAUAUCUGUGUUUACUGGGUACGGGAGUCUUACUACGCACGUAUACAGUGUUUUAAUUUUUGUUUCGUUAGCGAUACUAAUCUGGUAAUUCAUGUUUCUGAAAAGACGAAAAAAAGCAAGAAAGAAGAGAGAAUUCUGAAAGGAAUAUUCAAGUGUUAACACGUAAUGUUUUCCUACCGAUCAAAUUCCACAUUAGCUUUCCUCGAGACGAGUUAUUGUUUAUUCCGGCGGGAGAGAGAGCAUUGGACAAGCAUUUCGUCACCUGACGUGUAAAGACAUUUCUGUAACGAGCACGCAAACGAUCGCGUGGUGGCUCACCGUUAAUGUUAUUCAUUAGGCGCGCCCCGGUUUUGGAAACUGAUCGAUCAACGUCGAUCGUCUGUGCCGCACUGUGUGGCCCUGUUAUAACAGACUUUACGACUUUAAAAGAGACGUUUGUAUGGGCGAUGAAUGAACGACGGGUGCAAGGCAAGACGCCAGAAUCGCCGGCCACGAAAUUAUGCCGUGCACAUUUCCAUUUUCUUCUAUGAAGGCGAGUCUUCAUGAGGGGAAGAGAUGAACCAGGGCACGAUUUUCUUGAAGUGGCAUAAUAAAAAAUUUAUUUUCAACGGUUCCGGUGCGAAAACAGCGGCGCGAGCUGCAAUCGAUCUGCCUCCGUCGCAAACAAAUAUAUUGUUGCGAGAAGAUGCCAGAAUUUUACUGUUAGACUCCAUUUGAAUAUACGGUGAAAAUAAAGGCAAUUUUUUGCUAA